CCUGAAGACAUUCGCCAAUAGCACACAACAGAAGCAAGCAAGAAAGCAAGCAACCACAUACAUACAUUCAUCCCAACAACAAACAAGCAAGCAACAAGCAACCAGCUGCUGCUGUCGUCCUCAUCAUCACCACACACACACACACACACACACACACACACAACACUUGACGCCGCGACUGAACAAUGGGCUUCUUGCGAGGACUUGCGCGCGUGGUGCUCGGCCUUGCGCUGAGCGUGGUCUUCAUCAUGGCGGCAGCAGUGAAGCUGUCGCCGCAGGUGAACAAGGAGGUGCACGAGGAGCUGGCCCAGGAGUUUGCGCAGAAGUACAGCGAAAUCUGGAUGGUGUCUGAGUUUGGCAUCACCCACGAGGAGUUCCGCAUGGCCAUUGGCGGCCUUGAGAUUGUGCUCGUCCUCCUGCUCUGGGUCCUGCCUCGCUUCAGUGCCCUCAUGCUCUCCAGUAUCAUGGCCGGCGCCAUCUACACCCACUAUGCGGCGCACGACCCGCCCGUGAAGAUGGCCGUGUGCGGCAUCCUCAUGGCGCUCCUCUUUGCCUUCAUGCUCCUCUCCGGACCUCAGCCCAAGACCGGCAAGAAGAAGCGCGCUUAAACGACGCACCAGUGUCUGUGAUCGUGUGUUUGUGCGUGUAUGAUCGUGUGUUUGUUUGUUUGUGCGUGUGUAUGUGUCUGUGUGGGUAGGAGAAUUGUGUCCGCCUGCGUAUGUGUGCGCGUGUGGCUGUCUGUCUGUCUGUCCGUCCGUGUGUCACCUGCGUGCGCGUACUUAUCCUGAGAAGGAGAAGUGCGCUCACGUGAUGCGACGCCACACAGUUUGUGGGUGUGUCCUUGCUUUCUGGGUCGUGUACACGCGCUUCAAGCGGGAAUACCUUCAACAACUGACAACAUGUUGGCGCCAACUACACCCUUCAGUUCAUUUCUGUGCAUCAUGAUGUUGUCCUUCAUAUCUGAUUAAGUGCAUUCCUACGACUGGUUUGUUGUCUGUGCUGCGUUUUGGGUGUGUAUGGCGCCUGUUGAGCUGGGACACCUGUCUCGUUUGUGUUAUCCAAUACAAACCAACCCAGCACA